AUGUCUGUUGAGAAGGGAACCGUCAUGGGCAUGCCGCCCUUCGUGGCCGACUUCUUGAUGGGUGGUGUUUCCGCCGCCGUCUCGAAGACCGCUGCCGCUCCCAUCGAGCGUGUCAAGCUUCUCAUCCAGAACCAGGAUGAGAUGAUCAAGGCUGGCCGUCUUGACCGCCGAUAUGCUGGUAUCGCUGACUGCUUCCGCCGCACCACCGCCGAUGAGGGUGUCAUGUCCCUGUGGCGUGGUAACACUGCCAACGUCAUCCGAUACUUCCCGACCCAGGCUCUGAACUUCGCUUUCCGUGACAAGUUCAAGGCCAUGUUCGGUUACAAGAAGGACCGUGAUGGCUACGCCAAGUGGAUGGCUGGUAACCUGGCCUCCGGUGGUGCUGCUGGUGCCACUUCUCUGCUCUUCGUCUACUCCCUCGACUACGCCCGUACCCGUCUUGCCAACGACGCCAAGUCUGCCAAGAAGGGUGGUGAGCGUCAGUUCAACGGUCUCGUUGAUGUCUACCGCAAGACUCUGGCUUCUGAUGGUAUUGCUGGUCUGUACCGUGGUUUCGGUCCUUCCGUCCUUGGUAUUGUCGUCUACCGUGGUCUGUACUUCGGCAUGUACGACUCCAUCAAGCCCGUUCUCCUGGUCGGUCCCCUCGCCAACAACUUCCUUGCCUCCUUCCUUCUCGGUUGGUGCGUCACCACCGGUGCCGGUAUCGCCUCUUACCCUCUUGACACUGUCCGUCGACGAAUGAUGAUGACCUCUGGUGAGGCCGUCAAGUAUAGCAGCUCGUUCGAUGCCUUCAAGCAGAUCGUUGCCAAGGAGGGUGUCAAGUCUCUCUUCAAGGGUGCUGGUGCCAACAUCCUCCGUGGUGUCGCUGGUGCUGGUGUGCUGUCCAUCUAUGACCAGCUCCAGGUCCUGAUGUUCGGCAAGGCCUUCAAGGGCGGUUCCGGUUAA